UCACUUCGCCGCCUUUAGUCGCGAAGUCGACGGCCUGAAACGCUUGGGAUGGUUACGGUGAGCCUCGUGAGCGGCAACUCGGUGGUGCUCCCGUUCUCGGGCAAGGCCACGGUGGGGCAGCUGAAGGCGAAGGCGCAGCAGCACUUUCAGAAGGGCCUGCUGACGCUGGUCGCCGAGGCUCGGAUCCUGGACCCAGACCUCACCUUGGAGGAGGCGGAGAUCCACAAAAACAGCGCCGUGCUCGCCUGCGUGGAGCCGGCAAAGCUGGGCAGCUCCCGCUGGGCCAUGGUGCUGGCACUGCACACCUCCAUGCGCUGCGCCGUCUGGGGGGAUUUGAAGAAGGGCGGGGACUGCCGAAACGUCCAAGCGCAGCUGAAGCAGGUGCGGCAGGUGCAAUGCACCGGCGCCGCCUGCGCGGCGAUCCUCCACGAUGGAUCCGUGAUCGCCUGGGGAGAUCCCGGCCUCGGGGGCAACUGCUCGAGCGUUCAGGAGCAGCUGGUGGACGUUGAGGUGCUGGCCGCCGGGGUGGGGGCCUUCGCCGCGGUGAAGUGCGACGGCUCCGUGGUCACCUGGGGCCACGCGCGCUUCGGGGGCGACUGCUCGGAGGUGCAAGAGGAGCUGCAGGAGGUGAAGCAGGUCACGGGCUCGGUGGCCUCCUUUGCCGCGCUGCGGGCGGAUGGCAGUGUGGUCACAUGGGGCCUGGCGCACUACGGGGGCUCAACACAUUGGCUCCAGCAGCAGCUGCAACAGGUUCAGCACAUCGAGGCGAGCCGGGCUGCCUUCGCAGCGCUAAAAGCUGACGGCUCGGUGGUGACUUGGGGCGAUCCCAACUUGGGGGGCGACAGCUCCGCGGUGCAGCAAAGUCUGUCGCAGGUGCAGCAGGUCUCCUCGACGGAGGGCGCCUUUGUGGCGCUGUCCGAGGAGCACCGCGCAGUGUGCUGGGGGGAGAGCUCCAUGGGCGGGCGCCUCCCGGACGACCUGGGAGACGUGCGCCUGGUGCGGGGUACCAGCUCCGCCUUUGCAGCGCUGAUGACUGAUGGCCGUGUGCUCGCCUGGGGGAACCGCCAGGCGGGGGGGGACAUCCCGGCGGCCGCGGCGGCAGAGCUGGGCCGCGGCUCGGUGGUGGAGCUCUGCGCCUCCAGCGGCGCCUUCGCGGCGCUGAAGGCGGAUGGGUCCGUGGUGACUUGGGGCAAUCCCAAGGCCGGCGGCGACAGUAGCGCUGUGCAAGAGCAGCUGAAGCAGGUGACGCAGAUUGCGCGGUGCCUGCUGGCCUUCGCGGCCGUGUUGGCAGAUGGCCGUGUGGUUUGCUGGGGUGGCUUGGUCCAAAGUGGCCUGCAAGAUCUGGAUUUGUGAUGGUUUACCUUUUCGGUUGAAGACCGUUCCUUGGUCCGAAGGUGGACCCUCGUUCUACCAUGGUUUCUUGGCGCAAUGCCCGGGUCUACCUUGUGUUGGUCGUGACCCAGUGGGCUGCCGGAGGCAAUCUGACCUCUCUUCUCACUUCUUCGUUGCGGCCUGAUCCAAAUGGACCAGUGUCGGAAAAGGGGGGCUUGCAGAAACAAAGCCUUUCUGGCCCAUGGCCCCUCCUUUUCAGCUGGCUUAGAGAAUCAAAGGAA